UCCAAACAGACAAAAGUGAACGAGACAGUGUGCGUCUGUGCUGCGACAACCACAAACGCAGAUAGAACAAUAGCAUACAAUAAGACUCAAACCCCGAUUCACAGUCAUAGUACCCUCAAGACUCGAUCUCACGCUUCUACACCCCAUUUACCUCAUGCCCACAACAACUCGAAGCGCUACGAAGCCGCACACAAGCAAACACGAGAAAACACACGAAACACACACAUUCAACAGCACCGAAAUCACCAAACAUGUCGUCGCAAGAUCGCAGCCGCUCAGGCUCCACCUCCUCGAGGAGAUCUAGUUCCUUGCAAUCUCUCCUCACAAAGAUAGCUCCGCGCCCCCGCUCGAGUGUCACGUCAGCCUCCAGCACCAACGUCUCUGGCGCCUCAACAUCAUCCCUACACCUCCCUCGCCGGCCUUCAGUCUCCUCAACACGCAACGCACCCGAAGAAACCACCUUCGCACCCAUGCGCGACGUCAGCCCCAAAGAGCAACACGAGGCCCCAAACCUCGGCGACAACGGCUGGGGCCAGAGAGACUGGAGCAAGAUCAAAGCAGAACAAGAUUGGAUCGAUGAGCAGAAGGCCGAGUACGCGAAACAGAAGGUUGCGUAUACGAAGGUGCAUGAGGAGAAGAUUAAACGUGGCGAUGGUGGGAUUGUGAGAUGGGAUGUGAAAUGGGACGAGCAGCUGAACAAGACUAAAGCUGCUGAGGAGAAGAAGAGGAAGGAGGAAGAGGAGAAGGCGAGGUUGGUGGAAGAGGAGAGGAGGAAGAAGGAGGAGCAGGAGUUGCAGUGGAAAUUGCAUCCGCCUACGCCUAUGCCAUGGCCUGGGCAGGAUGAGAGUGAUAGCGAUUGUGACGUGUAACGGGAUCAACUUGGGGUGAUUGAAAGUGGUCGGUCUUGAUUGAUAUUCCUUUGUUUUGAGCAGGGUGAUUAUGGGGUCAGGUGUCUUGAUGUCUGUCGGUUUGAUAUCAAGAUAAUAAUGGUGGUGUCCUACCCGCACUUCUUCUCUUUUGAUC